UGUGCGGCAGUAGGUGGCAGUGCGGAGACGGAGGAUGCCAUGGAUGUUUUGUUUACUAAUCUGCUGCAGGAGGCGUCUCUCUUCCUUGUACCCAGCGGCUAACCUUCAGUUCAUUCUCGCUGACAGUGGAAGAUCUGGUUAGUAGUGCGGGUCAGCUGACACCUGUGUGAUGCUAGCAUGGUAACUUCCGAGCUAGCACACAGGUAUUCGGAUAGUUCAGCUUUUAUCGCCGCCGCUUCGUUUGCCUCUUUAAUAGCCGGCCAAAAACGUAUCGUUUGACCUGAGAAAUAAGUAUCGAGUAUAGAGUUUUAACAAUGAGGCAAACUAACUAAGGACCAGUUUUAGCAUUAGCCGGCUAGCAGCUAGGGUGCCCCUCUUCCUAGCAACCGUAGCUAGCCAGCUAGCAGCUACGGUAAGGGAGCUAAGCAGCGGGGCGUCUUCAUGGAGAGCGUCAUAUUUAAUACUGACUCCCACUGUAAGUUAUGUGAACACACUGUGGAGUUUUGGAGAUAAAUGUUGAUUAAAUGGCAAAAACGGAGCAGGGCAAUGGACUCGAUGUGCGAGGUAGCACGGACAAGCUGACAGAUGAUGAGAGAGACGUCCCCGGAGAGAGUCCGGUGGACAAGUACGGGUUCACUGGAGGAGCCCAGCAGCAAAGUGGAGUCUCUGCUGAAGAGAUCCCUAUUGAGGUCCUGAGGCAGCGGGAAGCAAAAUGGCUGGAAAUGCUGAACAGCUGGGACAAGUGGAUGGCCAAAAAACACAAGAAGGUGAAAGAGCGCUGCCAGAAGGGGAUUCCUCCAUCUCUGCGUGGCCGGGCCUGGCUCUACCUCACUGGCGGAAAAGUGAAAAGGGAACAAAACAAGGGCAAGUUCCAGGAACUGGACAGGCAGGCAGGAGAUCCCAAAUGGGUCGAUAUCAUUGAGAGGGACCUCCAUCGGCAGUUUCCCUUCCACGAAAUGUUUUCAGCGAGAGGAGGUCACGGGCAGCAGGACCUGUUUCGCGUGCUGAAGGCGUACACGCUGCAUCGACCCGAAGAGGGUUAUUGUCAGGCUCAGGCUCCCAUUGCUGCUGUACUCCUGAUGCAUAUGCCAGCUGAGGAUGCUUUCUGGGUUCUCGUCCAGAUCUGUGAAAAAUAUCUUCCUGGAUACUACAGCACAGGGCUGGAGGCGAUCCAGCUCGACGGGGAGAUCUUGUAUGUUCUGCUGCGGCGGGUGUCUCCCGCGGCCCACCGCCACUUAAAGAAACACAAGCUGGAGCCCAUCCUGUACAUGACCGAGUGGUUCAUGUGUGCCUUCUCGCGGACUCUGCCGUGGGCCUCGGUGCUGCGCGUAUGGGACAUGUUUCUUUGCGAGGGAGUGAAGAUCAUUUUCAAAGUGGGCCUGGUGCUCCUGAAAUAUACAUUGGGAUCCCAAGAGAAGCUGAAAUCCUGCCAAGGACUCUACGAGACGAUGGAGGUGCUCCGAGCAAUAAAGCCACAGUACAUGCAAGAAAGCUUCCUGGUGCAUGAGAUUAUCGAGUUACCAGUGUCUGAAAAAGACAUCGAGAAGGAGCACCUUGCUCAGCUGCGGCGCUGGAGGGAGACUCACGGAGAUCUUCACUGCAAGUCCCCUCCCAGGAUGCACGGCGCCAAGGCCAUCAUGACGGCGGAGCCCCCCAACCGCCAGGACCUGAGAGAGAGACCCACCAUCAUCGUGGAGUCGCCCCUGGCGCCCAAGGCAGGUGGGGAGCAAACGGAGGACGCCAACGGAAGUAGAGAAACUAAAGGAAGAAAUGGGAGGACGACAGUCCUCCCACAACAUGGGACCGUUAACCCUUACCCUCCUCCCUCCGGCGUUUCUGGUCUCCUGAAUCACACGACCAACCCGGGGUCCAAAGAGAGUCUGAGCAGCGUAGAGCACGACACUUACCUGUAGCGGGCUUUGCAGACGUAAAUCAUUCCAUUCACAUUAUCACUGACAUGAUAAACUUUUCUCCAGCGGCCACAAUUUUACUAUUUUUCUAGUAAUUACACUCCAGAAAAAAAAUCAUUUAAAUUUUUUUUAAUAUUUAACCCAUUGCCGUUUCUCAGAUGGCAAAGUGACUGCUGUAGUACUCAACUUAUACGCAUUUAUUCAGCUCACUGGACCUUUUGAUUAAAUACUACAGACUUGUGCAUUUGAAAUAAAUGCAGUGAAUUUAAAUUGUAAUAUCCAGGGAGCAUCAGCAGAUGGCGACUGUGCACUUUCCACACAGGCCGAUGAGGUUUUAAACCUAUGGGAGCACACUGAUUUACAGCAACCCCUGCUGCUAUUUACCUCUUCAGAGAAGCUCUGAUUAUCUCCUUUGUUUGAACUGAUGAGAUGCUUUUUAUCGUCUUCCUCAUUGCCUAGAUUAGUCACUACGUUGCCAACGCAGAGGUUAGUAUUUGUUCUGCUUCGCUGGUCUCGGUCCUUGGCAAUAUUUUGCAGACACAUAGUUUAUCAGUGUGUCUGUUCAGCAGUGUCCGUUGGCUGUUGUUGUAUCUUUGUUUGCCUUUGCUGUCUUUGAACACUAGAGGGCGUCCUGAGAUUGUAUCUCAGCCUCAGCAGCUGAGCAGCAGUGGAGGAAAAAAAAAAAGCUGACACUCAAAUGAAGGAAGAAAGUGCAGGGAUAUAUUGUGCCACUAAGCCAAAGAUAUGUAAUGCAUAUUAUCAAGACAUAUCCUAGACGUUAAUGUAUUCAGCCAUGUCUUACAGUAUUUGAUUGUUAAGAAGAGUUCAUAUUUAUGUCGUGGAUGAAAUACGGUGAAUUCUGAAGGAUGCUAAGCUAUGUCUGUACAAUCAUAUGUAAAGGUUUGUGGAUCUGAAUCUACAAAACUGACUCCUCAGUCAUACUACUACAUACUUGUGUAUCUCAUACACAAGUGAAUGUAAAAAAAACACAAAAAAAACCAAAAACAAAUCUGAUCGGCAAAAUAUAUUUAAGUCAGUGGAGCCAUAAACUUUUGAUUAUGGCCAAGUUUUAGUUUAUUCAGAGGUGAAGUCUGUCACAAUCCAUGACGUUUCAUCAUCUUUAUUAACAGUUACACAAGCAAACAUGCACCAGAAUUUGUUAAGGAUUUUAUAAUGGAAACGGUUGUGGGUUUGUGUUGAUUUUAAGACAAGAUGGAGAUUUUUGAAGAAUAUGCUACGGGUCUAUUUUUGUCUACUAGGAUGCACUUUUUACCAUCCUCGUCCUCUGAUGUUUUGUAAAGGCGCAUUUAUUUUCAUAGUAUUUUUGAUGUUGUAAUUUUAAACAAGAUGAACUGCACGUUGAUUCAGUCAGAUCUCUGUCGCGCAGUUCAUCAGUCCAGUUCCAUCAAAUCUUUUUGCCGUCUGCUGUCACGUUUUUUUGUGCAACCAAUCACCGUCUGGGGAUCUGAACAUCGAGUCAUUUGUUAAGAAUUUGGGAUUUUACACAAUGUAUUUUGUUGCCUACACACUUUUUAAAGAUUUUGCUACAUUGUCCAUCUGAAUAAUAUAAAUAUUGUACAUUCCUUUAAGCUGGUUCUGUAUAUCAAUCACUAGUCAUUGCAAAGGUUAUAUUUAAACAUUUAUUAAGCCGGUAGCUUGUAAAUGUGCAACCUAUUGUUAUAUAAGAGUUAAUUUCUGAUCUAUUUGAUUUAAAUUUUAGCUCCUCAUAUGUACAUGUUUUUUCCAAAUUGCAUUUAAAUAAAUACAUUUAAAUAAA